UAAUAACAAUUUUAUGUUAUUAAUAAUAUUCUACAGAUGCGCAUACUCCUAUAUCUUAUAGCCAUGUAUCUAUUACUUUUUCUUGGGAUAUUUGGCGUCGCAAUUGCUCAAACAAGCACUGACUUGACCCAUUGUCCAGGCUCUGUAGCCCGAAACAAAUAUUUAAAGGUAUACGGCGGUAGGUGUCUUCAAUUUGUCCUUCACGAGAAAUCAUGGACCAGGGCGAAGGCAGAUUGUAAAAGCAGGGGAGGUAACCUGGUGAUGAUAAAGACCACUGGGAAACAAACGUUUGUUUAUAACACUCUGAAGAGUCUUCACUGGCACUACAAUGGCUUAUGGAUCGGAGGAUCUGACAGCGUUAGAGAGGGCAAAUGGGUUUGGGUUGAUGGAACUCCUAUGUCGUUCGGGAACUGGCAUCGAGGACAGGGACCUUCGGCACAUCAUGGAUUCUUUUUCUCGUCCUCAAGUUUUGAGGACUGUGCCCAAAUGAGGUUAGACGACAGCGGAAGAUGGCACGACUACUCAUGUGGACGGUCAUACUCGUACAUCUGUGAAUACGGUUUUACAUCUACCGCCGUAGCAACGGCAGUUCCUCCUCACACAACUCCUCGUCCUGUGCCAAAAACUACUCCCCGACCCCGGACAACUGUUCGACCAAAAACCACUCCAAGUGCCCGGACAACUCUUCGACCACAAACAACAGUCAAACCGACAACUGCUCAAACAAGCACUGACUUGACCCAUUGUCCAGGCUCCGUACCCCGUAACAACUACUUGAAGGUAUACGGCGGAAAGUGUCUCCAGUUCUUACUUACGGAGAGAUCAUGGACUCAAGCCGGUGCGGAUUGUAAAAGCAGGGGAGGUAGCCUGGUGAUGAUAAAGAAUGCUGGAAAACAAGCGUUUGUUUAUAACACUCUGAAGAGUCUUCACUGGCGCUACCAUGGAGUUUGGAUUGGAGGAUCUGACAGAGAUAAGGAGGGUGAAUGGGUUUGGGUAGAUGGUAGUCAUAUUGAGUACGGGAACUGGCAUCCAGGACAAGGACCUACAACACACAAUGGCUUCUUCUUCUCGUCCUCGACUUUUGAGGAUUGUGCCGAAAUGAGGUUAGACGACGGAGGAAAAUGGCAUGACUACCCGUGUGGCGGAUUGCGAUACAGUUACUCUUACGUCUGUGAAUACGCAUUAGCAUCUACCGUAACUCUUCGACCACGAACAACUGUCAAUCCCAGGACAACAAUUAAACCGCCAGUUGCUCAAACAAGCACUGACUUGACCCAUUGUCCAGGCUCCGUACCCCGUAACAACUACUUGAAGGUAUACGGCGGAAAGUGUCUCCAGUUCUUACUUACGGAGAGAUCAUGGACCAAAGCUAGUGCAGAUUGUAAAAGCAGGGGAGGUAGCCUGGUGAUGAUAAAGAAUGCUGGAAAACAAGCGUUUGUUUAUAACACUCUGAAGAGUCUUCACUGGCGCUACCAUGGAGUUUGGAUUGGAGGAUCUGACAGAGAUAAGGAGGGUGAAUGGGUUUGGGUAGAUGGUAGUCAUAUUGAGUACGGGAACUGGCAUCCUGGACAAGGACCUACGACACACAAUGGCUUCUUCUUCUCGUCCUCGACUUUUGAGGAUUGUGCCGAAAUGAGGUUAGACGACGGUGGGAAAUGGCAUGACUACCCGUGUGGCGGAUUGCGAUACAGUUACUCUUACGUCUGUGAAUAUGCAUUAUCAUCUACGGCCGUAUCAGUGGUAGUUCCUCAUCACACAACUCCUCGUCCUGUGCCAAAAACCACUCCACGUCCCCGGACAACACUAAGACCUAUUAGGCCACAAACUACCUCCAGACCUCAAACGUCAAGAAAACCAGAUGUACACUCCAUUGUUCCUAAAAUGUCAUCGACAGCCAAACCAGGAAUGCUUCAAUCUACGAAACCAAACAGAUAUGUGGCAUCUAAUGGAGCAAACAGAAACCACUUUAGUGCUUCACAACAAAGAAACCCCAAACCGAAGUCGACAAAUGAAACAGGUGUUAUCGUGGGCGUAGUGGUUGGUGGAUUAGUCUUCGUCGCACUGCUGGCGGCCGUAGUUGUUGUCCAACUCCGCAGGAAACGUACAGUUGCCCUUAGCCCGAUGUCUAUUGACAACAAACUAUAUGGGAUAUCUCCAAGUCAGAGGUCAGAGGGAGAGGUUUACUGAUAAUUGAUUAGUUUCGUUAAUCAUCGUAAUACCAAAAUAGUAAUACUCCAGGUGAAAGCUAUGUCAACUAGUACAGGAGUUGAAAUAUUAAAACAUGUGUAAAUACUUACGCUUUACAAGAGCUGGCCAUUGUAAUGGGUUUUUAAUUUGAGUAGGAAGUCAAAAUAUUCGAUUUGUAAAACUACAAGGAAAUAUUACAAAUGCUUCACUUUUGUCACUUUCAAAAUGGCCGUAAUGAUCGUAUUUGGCUAAUAAGUGUCAAACGGGCAUUUAAAAAAAAAAGAACCGUCAAACGUGGCAAAAAAAAAAAAAUAUAUACUUUUUUAAUUCUGGAUGCAGGGUCGAGCCAAUAAUGCCGUUAUCUUUAUAACCAAUGCACUGCAUUUAUGGUUUUAAAUUAUAUUAUGUUCAUCAAAAUGCCAUUUAUAUCUCUUUAUUGUCGGAGGUAUCUAUUUCAAUUAAGUCUUCAAAGUAUUUGAUUGAGACGACUUUAGGUCCAAAAUGCAAAAAAAAAA